CUACUCUUGGUUGUCGGCUCCCUGUCGCCGAGCCUUACAUCAACACCUGAACGAAGUCGUCGUUACUUGUUGACACGUCAGCUAACUUAGCGUCUGCUUGACACACAGCGCGACCCGCGAGUUAUUUCCAUCGUCUAGAUUUUCUCGUCCAAAAUGGAUCGUCACAACCUUCAGCAAUCGGGACGUCGAGGCACUCAUUGGCCCAACUCCCGCCUUCCCGGACGCGUCGCAGAAGACACAGCCGCUAGUGGUUCUAGCGGUGGUGCGCCUCUCCAUUCGUCUGGACUACCUAGCUCGAUGGGCUUCUCCAGCCAUCAGAUUGCUGGAAACAUGGGUGAUACCUCUAACAGAGGCUGGGCACCCGGUCGCGCGGCGCCCGGUCCGCUGGAGCCUGUCCCUGUCGGUGUUAAUCAGACCGCCAUCAAUCUCAUCGGUCAUUCUCACCCCCAGGUAAGAUUGGCUCCUCGUAUCGAGCAAACACCGACCAUUGCGGCCGCUAAAGCCCUCUUCCAAGAGGCGGAACAGAACUAUCUGCGAGUUCUCGAGAAUGAAGCUCGACGCGAUACCCACCAUUCCAUGUACCCGACUCCCGGCCUCCAAGGCCCUAUGGCAAACCCUAUGGCCCCCAUAGCCGGAAUGAACUUCGCUAUGCCCCAGUUGUCUGGCACCUUUGGAGGCCAAUUCCAGGCUCCGCAUACCCAAGAGUCGUACCAACACAUUGGUACGACUAAUCUUAACCCAGGUGUUCAACCUUUCCAGCCUCCCAAUCGCUCGGCUGGCUUGGUUGUCUCGAACCACAGCCCUACUCGAUUUGCCCCCGGUACCCCCCAGGCGCGACGACCAUCAACCUCGGCUAUGUCUCCGGAGCAAGAGAGAUUCCUGCACCAAGUCAUUCAGAAUGUGAAUGAAGGUCGUCCUGCUAACGGCCAUAGCAACAUUCCACGAGCGCCUUCUGGACUUGGUCAUGAGGCUAGUGCGUCAAUGGGUAUGGAACAAGGAAGCCACGCCCAAGUUCCGCAGAACGACCCCCAUGGGCUCAUUAACCUGAGCUCUCACCCUGACUCCAAAGGGCCAUCCCCGGUUAUAACACUAACCCCGCCUAAGGAGGACAAGGGCGAAACGCACGUACUUUUGGUACCUGGCGGUGGUGUUUCCUUGCACCCCCACGGCGCCCACCAGCGCCGCCAGAGUAAUCAAAGCAGCAGCAGUAGCCAACUUUCUAUCGUUGCACCUACUGCUAGACGUCUUAGCCCCGCCACGUGCAUCAGCCGUAAUUCUAAUCCAGGAUCAGCACACUCGUCUCUCAUUGAGCCUCGAUCCACCAAAUCGAGCCCUGAGCAGAUUGGCGAGAACUUGUGGUUGCUUGAUUAUCUCCACAAGAUGGCUGCUAAGUCCGAUCCUGAACUAAUCAAAUCGAUUGUAAAGUACCAGCAACCGAUUGAUGACGAAAACGACAUGGCUCUACAGGUCGCUGGCGCCUACGGCCCGCUGGAAUUCACUCCCCCUACAGAGGAGAUUCAAAGCCAGCGGUCGCAAUGGCUGAACGAUCUUGCGGGUGUUGAUGGCCAUCCCUCGGUUCAGAAGAUCAUUCACCCUGAUAUGAUCCCGUUCACUGAAGCUUUCCGUGAUUCUAAGAUGGGUGCUGCUGGUGUUAUCUGCAUCAACAACAUCCCUUAUGAUAUCUCGCGUGCCGAGGUUAUUGCCUUCCUCGGUCGAAGCUCACGUAUCCGGAAUGACAAGGAGGAGCCGGUCCACAUCAUCAUGGACCGCACUACCAGCAAGACCAAUGAUUGCUACAUUGAAUUUAUGGACUUUCAAGACGCAAUCAACGCGGUCCACAAGCACCGGAAUGCAAUGGAAAGCGGUCGCCAGCCUCGCCUCGGAGGUCGUCCCGUCGAUGUUACACUUGCGAGUCAAGGAAUGCUCAUGAAGCAACUCUUCCCAUUCACAAAGGGAGUCGAUUGGGUCGCUGUUCCUUACCAAGUGGGCCCCAACACCUCGACCUGGCCUUGGGACCACUUCAAGGGUUUUGUCACCGAGGAGGAAAUGACAAUGAUCUUCAAGCACGCGGAGUCGCCCGGCCACUCUCCUUUUGUGCUUCAUUGCCCCGAACGUCCUUUCGAGUCGAUGAUCAGCACACUGAAGAAGAUGCCAUGGCACAUGGCCGACUACAUCACCAUCCGUGAACGACACUGGAUUUUCAAUGCUGCCUUUAAGAUGAUUGAGCUCCUUAAGGAGACGAUCUCCAUGAUCGAGCAUCCCGAGUGCUAG